AUGAUCAGUGACCUCAUCACAAAUUCUGAUAUGAAAUGGAUCAGUCACCUCAACACACACUCUGAUAUGACAUGGAUCAGUGAUCUCAUCACACACUCUGAUACGACAUGGAUCAGUGACCUCAUCGCUAAAUCUGAUAUGACAUGGAUCAGUGAUCUCAUCACACACUCUGAUAUGACAUGGAUCAGUGACCUCAUCGCUAAAUCUGAUAUGACAUGGAUCAGUGACCUCAUCACUAACUCUGAUAUGACAUGGAUCAGUGACCUCAUCACUAACUCUGAUAUGACAUGGAUCAGUGACAUCAUCACAAAUUCUGAUAUGACAUGGAUCAGUGAUCUCAUCACACACUCUGAUACGACAUGGAUCAGUGACCUCAUCGCUAAAUCUGAUAUGACAUGGAUCAGUGACCUCAUCACACACUCUGAUAUGACAUGGAUCAGUCACCUCAUCACAAACUCUGAUAUGACAUGGAUCAGUCACCUCAUCACACACUCUGAUAUGACAUGGAUCAGUCACCUCAUCACACAUUCUGAUAUGACAUGGAUCAGUGACCUCAUCACACACUCUGAUAUGACAUGGAUCAGUGAACUCAUCGCUCAAUCUGAUAUGACAUGGAUCAUUGACCUCAUCACAAGCUCUGAUAUGACAUGGAUCAGUGACAUCAUCACAAACUCUGAUAUGACAUGGAUCAGUGAAACCAUCACAAACUCUGAUAUGACAUGGAUCAGUGACCUCAUCACACACUCUGAUAUGACAUGGAUCAGUGAACGCAUGAAAAAUUCUGAUAUGACAUGGAUCAGUGACCUCAUCACACAUUCUGAUAUGACAUGGAUCAGUGACCUCAUCUCUAAAUCUGAUAUGACAUGGAUCAGUGACCUCAUCACACACUCUGAUAUGACAUGGAUCAGUGACCUCGUCGCUAAAUCUUAUAUGACAUGGAUCAGUGACCUCGUCUCUAAAUCUGAUGACAUGGAUCAGUGA